UGGUAUAACACAAUCGCAGUGUAGCUGCAGCUGCGGUCGGCGUGGCUUUUUGCUAAAAAAUGGCGGUUUGUGUCGACAUGAGCAGAUUGAGGAACCUGCGGUAUAACUACCAGCAGCAUUACCACAUGUUAAUAUCCUGAUUGUCUCUUGGGAAGAAGACUUCUGAUCUCAGACCAGAGAACACUGUCUGCAGCAUGACUGAUAAAAGCAUCUCCCAUAGCUCUCUGUGUCUGGGCUGAGCUCCUCCAACCAACCCGUCCUACCACGGUGGUGAUCACCUCGUGAAGCCAACCAGAGUCCAACUUUACCUGGAGCAGGGAGAAGAUGAUCAGCAGCAUCCUGCCUCUCAUCAGCCUGACCUGCUGUGUCUCUGGAUCAUUUGUAGUGAAUGUGACACAGACCUCCUAUCAGGCAGAGGAGAACCACAACAUCACACUGGAGUGGACGUUCACAACCAGAACCGACAGUUCACCCAAAUCACUUUUUAUCUACUGUGAACUGUUAGCUGAUCUCGAACCCUUAGUCCUGUUUCAUCUCCAUGAAGGUGUUGAGGUCCCAGAGUCUCAGGAUGAACAGUUUGCAGGACGAGUCCGGUGUGACAAAGACGUCCUCAGAGAAGGACGACUCAGACUUCAUGUGUCCAGACUCAGGACUAAUGACUCGGGUCUGUACCGGUGUGACGUGCUCACAGGUCAUGGUGGGAAGUCUAGGAUAUGUCGCCUCAAUGUCACUGGUGAGUUGACAGCAGCUCCUGAUGAGCCCAGACCUCAGAGACCAACAGUGAGUCCACAACCAGAGAGUCUGGGAAGGAUCGGCCUCUACGUUGGACUGGGACUGGGACUGACAGCAGCAGCUCUCUGUGCUGGACUCUGCUUUGCCUUCAGACAUUAUUUACUAAAUCUACUGAUAAGAAAUGAAACAUCUGUGCAGUCUUAUAGAGCUCCUCAGAGAAACAACCCAUCAGGACUAACAGGACUCUGUCUGGAGGACCCCCUUUGAAUGAGUCCUCAGAGCAUACAGUAGUCAGAACACAAGAGACUCAAGACUCUCUCCCUCCAACAUCUGUCUGUAGUGUCAGAAAAUAUAUGAAGUGAUUCUAUUUGAAAUGAUGUUCAUGUUACAAUGGGUUUGAAUUGAAAUGAUUCCAGCAGAAAUAACUAACGUCAGAGUACAGAAUGCUUCCACCGUCCCAGAUGUUGGAUGUCAAACAACAUCAAUUGUGACAGUUUUGGGAAAAUGACCGUUAACGUCACCUCAGAAGUUGUGCUGAGACCAAACAUCUAAACAGUCACCGUCUGGUUGAUGUGACUCCAUUCAAGAUCCUCCAUAGUAAAACCUGUAAAGCGUCAUAUUUGUCUCAGUCAUCAUCACUGUAUGAAGAGUUUCUCAUUCACAUUUAGCUGUAAGUUGGUUCAGUCAUUGAUCUCUCUGUUCUCCAAUCAGCUGUUAUCAAUCAUCUCAUGUCCUCUGAUGGAGAUUGUUACAAUGCACUGCCUUACAUGUAAAGUUCCUAUUGUAAAUAAAUGCUUAUUUAUAUGAGAAGUUGUUAUGAAGCUAUUUUGUAUAUACAUAAAGUUUGAACUAAAUCUAAAAUGUAAACACCUGACAUCUCUCCAGCUACCAGUGCUCUCUCCAUUCCUGGUCCACGCUGGA